CUUGGCUUUGAAGUGAAUAAUUUAUUUUAGGAAUCUGAUUAUGCCACGAAAGAUGAUGAUACUUUAACACUGCCAUAAAAAUAUCAUGAGUAAAUGAAUUUCCCAUAAAUUGAAUGGGGCAAUAUGAAAAGACAAACAUUAUGAAACUCAUUGUUCUAAUAACAUACUUGAGCAUAGCACAUUGUCAAUGGCUUGAAUCAGAAGUGACUGGUUACUACAAAAGGAAAGGAGAUGCUCCAGGAAGUGAUAUGCUAAGCUUAUACCACAAUACUGUGGUUAGCUUACAACAAUGUGCAGAUAUAUGCACACCUGUGGAGACAUGUAGAGGUUUCUUCUAUGACUUCGCCAGAAGCAAAUGUUGGUCAAAAUCAUCUGAACGCUAUCCGGUGAUUCCCUAUUGGAACAAUGAUCAAGGUUUCACUUACACUAAAGGAGAGCGUUUGGUGAACUGUAAUACAACACUGUUGGAAAAUGAUCACUUAAUUAAAAUAACGACAUCAACAGUAAAUGAUGACAACCACUACACAUAUGGACCCUACAACUCAUAUAUUGACAGUAAUACAGAACUUUCACCUUAUCCUAAAGCUGGAUGCUGGAAGGCUGGUGUUGUAGAUGAAAACCAGUGGUGGCAAGUGGAGUUUUCGGAACCAAAAAUUGUUCAGGCUGUUGUUACACAAGGAUGUGAUCAAAGAUCAGAUUGGUUUGUUAACUACACAGUACUGUUCAGUGAUGAUGGUGUUCAAUUCUCUGUAGUUGGUAUAAGUGACACAAAGGCAUUUGUUGCUAACAGCAACAGUGAUGUAAAAGUUGUUAACCUUCUCCCAGAAACACUAACAAAGUUUGUACGAAUCAGGCCAAGGGCUUCAGUUGGGGGUGAACCUGGGAUGAGAGUUGAAAUCCU